ACUAGCAGAUGGCAUGGGUACCAGCUCUGGCAGUUGGCAUCAAUGUCACUUUUUAGAGAUCAAUGAGAUAGUGCAGAUAUACACAGAUCUAGACUCCAGCAGACGAUGCGACAUUCAGACUGAAAAGAUUUGGAAGGCAAAAAAUGAAAACUGAUUGUUGAAUGAAAUAAAAAGCUAAGGCUGGAUUCUGAGCACACGUGCAGGAUUACAGUCACAAUCUACAGACCGCUCCUGUCAGCCAAGAGCUGGAGGAAGACAUCUGAGCCUCGCAGAACAUAAACACUGCUAUAGCGUGCAGGGAAUUUUUCACCUCCCCCCCACCCAUUGAUGGAAAAAAACAAAACAAAACAAAACAAACAAAACAAAACAAAAAAAAAAAAAAAGAAAAAAGAAAAGGAAAAAGGCAAAUAAAAAAGCAAAUAGGUUGAGUCUAACUAAACAGAUAAUAUCGGAUGGAAUUUUUACUAGAAAAAGUGGGAAAAAAGGGUAGGGGAAUUUUAUUUCCUAACUCUAAUCUGAAUAUAUUUAGGGUUAAAUAAUUCUGAUUUCUGUCUUAAUAUGAAAUAAUUAGUAUGUUAUUUUAAUACAAGUAACUUGGAAAAGUGCUUUGUUUUGAAUUAUAUUACUAGCUGAGUGAUUGGGGGACUAUAUUCCUUUUUUUUUUUUCUUUUUUUCUUUCUCAGCCACUGUAACUUACUAAAGUUUAGUAUCUUGAUACGUAGGGGAAGAAAUGUGGAGGGGAAAACCCCACAAUUUUGAAGUAUAAGUCAAAAAGCAAUUUUAAAAUAUGUACCAUCAGGUAGUAGAGAUAUGGCACUUUUCCAAUUUUAAAACUGCAUUCCCUCUCCUCAUUUUUCCACCUAGGGCAAUUUGAAUUAAUGAAAUUUCUGUAUUGCUUUGUCAUGUUUUGCAUUUCUUUGAAUUCCAUCAUGGUGAGAGUUUGAAGGCUUUGUUUAAAAAUAAAAUAUAUGUGCAGGAAGCUAAUUGUACAUCUAAAAUAUCAAAUUAGUCCAUAUUUAUCUGUGAGAAAUGUGGCUUUUCAGUUGCAGGGUCAAAUGUUUCAAAGGAUUUUAGAAUUCUCAACAGCUAUUAAUUUUUAAAAAGUGGGCAUUUGCAACUGCCAUUUUAUUCAAAAACUAUAGAUUGAGCAUUUAUAUACACACACUCUCUCUUAUACAAAGAGCUUACACACAGACACAAAUAAGGUGCAUGAGGCUGUCUGUGUGAGUCGGGAAACUUUAAAAAUGGAAAUAUUUAAAUAUUGUGCUGGCGUUCUUUCAGGUAACUUAAGAUUAUAGAACCAUGUUAACACUACCAUUUGAUGAGUCUGUUGUAAUGCCAGAAUCCCAGAUGUGUAGAAAGUUUCCCAGAGAAAGUGAUGACCAAAAGCAAAUGAAGAACCCAGAAAGCUUUUCAAAGCAGAUCAUCCUCCGAGGAAAGAAUAUUAAAAGAUCUCCUGGAGAAGACACAGAAAAAGAAGAGGAAGAGGAAGAGAGAGAAGAUGAGGAUGAGAAUGGCUUGCCAAAGCGAAGAGGUCUUAGAAAAAAAAAGACAAGCAAGAUAAGGAUGGAAAGGAUUAAAUUCAGACGUCAAGAAGCCAAUGCUCGAGAGAGGAACCGUAUGCACGGCCUUAACGAUGCUCUGGACAAUUUAAGGAAAGUGGUCCCUUGUUAUUCUAAAACACAAAAACUGUCCAAAAUAGAAACUUUAAGACUGGCCAAGAACUAUAUUUGGGCUCUUUCUGAAAUACUUCGAAUUGGCAAGAGACCUGACCUGCUCACCUUUGUCCAAAACUUGUGCAAGGGUCUGUCUCAGCCAACUACAAACUUGGUGGCAGGAUGCCUGCAGCUGAAUGCCAGAAGUUUCCUAAUGGGCCAGGCAGGUGAAGGUGCCCAUCAUACUCGCACACCCUACUCCACGUUCUAUCCUCCCUACCACAGCCCGGAGCUUGGCACCCCCACAGGGCAUGGGACUCUUGACAACUCUAAGUCAAUGAAACCAUACAAUUACUGCAGUGCUUACGAGUCCUUCUAUGAAAGCACUUCCCCUGAGUGUGCCAGCCCACAGUUUGAAGGUCCCUUAAGUCCUCCCCCAAUUAACUAUAAUGGGAUAUUUUCCCUGAAGCAAGAGGAAAGCUUGGACUAUGGCAAAAAUUACAAUUACGGCAUGCAUUACUGUGCAGUGCCACCCAGGGGUGGUCCCCUUGGGCAGAGCUCGAUGUUCAGGUUGCCUACAGAGAGCCACUUCCCUUAUGACUUACAUCUGCGCAACCAGUCUCUCACCAUACAGGAUGAAUUGAAUGCAGUUUUUCAUAAUUAAUGAGGAAAAUUAAAAUAAACAGUGGUCAUUCACCUCCCCAUCUAAUUAAGAGCAAGCAGAUGUUUGGGCACCAUGUAAUCGGGCACUGCACAAUUCUAGUUAAAAUGUUUACUAGUUCCUAAAGUGUGUUUCAACUAUUGUGACGAUUUUCUAUGUGUUAACAAAAUAAACUCUAUGUGUUAACAAAUAAACAUUUUAUUAUAAGUAUUUUUUUUUUUUUUGUCUGUAAUCACUGUGAGAAUAUGUUUCCUCCCAGAGGUCUUCUUCCUUUUUAACUUUUUAUUUCCCUAUUUGUUUGGUUUGUUGAGCAGUGUGUCUGAACAAUAUUACUGAAAUAAAAGCAUACACACUGUGUAAAGUCAGUCUAUUUUGAUUGUAUAGUAAUUAUACAACUGCAUGUUAAUGAAAUCAGAUUAAUAAAAAUUAUGUAUUUAUAAUUGGUAGAAAAUAUAUAUUAUGUAUUCAAGGAGAAAUGGAUUAAAAGUAUUAAGAACUUAAAAGUAAUUAUCCAGAACUGAUAUGAGCUUGCAAUAUGCAGAGGUGAGAGGGCAGCAAUAUUGAAAGCUAUGCAAAAA